AUGAAAAGAAAAAGAGAGAUUAUGUCAAAAGAAACUGAGAUUAAAUCUGCUAUUCAAGAGCUUUCUUUACUUACCAAAUUAAUUUCAAAUAAUAAUAAUAAUAAUAUUGGUGUUUCCUAUAUACCUACAAGGCCUUUUCUGUCUCUUUGCACUCUUAUUGUUCAAGUUCUUGAUAAGAUUGGACCGACAAUGGUUGUGCUGAGACAAGAUGUUUACAAGAAUAUUCAGAGAUUGGAGAUGGUAUAUGAUUCUGAUCCGGCUACAUAUUCAAAUUUACUCGAGAUUUUAAAGAAAGAUGCAGUUGAACGAAAUGCCAAAAGCAAUAAUAGUUGUAGCAAAGCUGUUCUUUGGCUAGCCAGGUCCUUGGACUUUAUGGCCGCAUUACUUCAACAUAUAGCAAUAGACCCAAGGCAAAGCAUGGAGCAAAUUGUAGCAAACUCCUAUGAGAUGACCUUAAAACCUUGGCAUGGAUGGAUUUCAGCAACCGCUUAUAAAGUAGCUUUAAAGCUUUUGCCUGAUACAAACAUGUUUAUUAAUUUGCUUAUGGCCAAAGGAGAACAUUUUGAUAUUCUUAGAGAAGAAAUCCAAGCUUUAGUUUCUUUACUCCUUCCUCUUGUACAAGAUCUCCACUCCAUUCUUUAUAUUCUAACUAUUACUUCUUACUUAGCACUAGAUAAUUCUAGAUAA